AUGAGUCAAAAUAAUUCAGCGGCUGCAUCAUGCUCAAUCACCUCAAUCCCUUUAAUCCGGUUUAGCAACAGUCUUUAUUAUCAGGAUGCCUUCGAGCGAACCCAGUACAACGAUAUGCAGUCGAAUGGAAGGAUGGAUUCUUCAAUUCUCUCUUUACCCAGUCUUUCUUUUAAUCUAUACAUUUCUACCACCUGUUCAUAUCACUCAUCACCUCACCCUCUCUCUCUCUCACUCUCAGUCUAUCUCUCUCCCCCUUUCUCUUUCUAUUGUUCGUUUUGUUCUUUCUCUCACUUUUUUUUAUAUACGUUUUCUGUUAAUCUACAUUUAUUAAGCUUAUGCAUUCGCACGACAAAAACCGUAAGAUGGAAACAAAGGGUUUCUUUGUAUGUGAAAACGGAUAAACCGGAAGCACUCUCAUUAUAUGCCUGUAUCCGUCACGCCAAAAAGGACUCGCUGGAACAGGGCAGUCGUCUCUCAUAUAGGACGGUCGUCUCUUGUCGUUCUCCUCGUCGGCUCCCUCGGCACCAACUGCCAAAGCCUUCAGACACUCAUUUUAUAGACCAUGACGAAGCAGCCGAUUAG